AAGGAAUAUCCAGUGAAUUAUCCUCUCCAGAUUAUUAUUUUUGGGAACGCCCUCUCCAGAAUGAUCCGCCGAUUCAUACGAUGGACUACUCCGGUAGCAGCUAGCCGAAUGCCGAAUAGGACAUACUAGCUGCCAUCGCCAUGGCCGCCGCCGCUAACCUCCACCACCACCGCCAUCCGCAUUGCCUCCUCCUCCUCCUCUUGCCACUAUCAUCAUGCCUCCUGUUAUUCCAACCCGUCGGCGGCAUUCCGACGACGCUGGACGGCCCGUUCACGCCGGCCACCCGCGCGUUCGAUCGCUCGCUGCGGCGGGGCAGCGAGGACGUCCCGCUCUCCGACGCCCGCCUGGCCCCGCGCGCGCGCCCGCCUUCCCCGGAGCAGAUCUCGCUCGCCGCCUCCGCCAACCCCACCUCGCUAUGGGUCUCCUGGGUCACGGGCCGCGCCCAGGUCGGCUCCCACCUCACGCCGCUCGACCCCACCUCCAUCCGCAGCGAGGUCCUCUACGGCGCUCGCCCCUCCUCCUCCUCCGCCGCCGGCGCCGGAGAAAAAGAAGAAGAUGGCUACCCGCACGUGGCUAGGGGAUCCGCCGAGGUCUACAGCCAGCUUUACCCGUACCCCGGCCUCCUCAACUACACCUCCGGCGUCAUCCACCACGUCCGCCUCUCCGGCCUCGCCCCGUCCACCCGCUACUACUACCGCUGCGGCGACAGCUCUCUGAAAGCCGGGCUCAGCGAGGAGCGCUCCUUCACCACGCUGCCGGCGCCGGCGCCCGGCGCGUACCCUCGCCGCGUGGCCGUGGUCGGGGACCUCGGCCUCACCGGGAAUUCCACCUCCACCGUCGACCACCUCGCGAGGAACGACCCGUCGUUGGUACUCAUGGUCGGCGACAUGACGUACGCCAACCAGUACCGCACCACCGGCGGCAGAGGCGUCCCCUGCUUCUCCUGCUCCUUCCCCGACGCGCCCAUCCGGGAGUCCUACCAGCCACGGUGGGACGGCUGGGCAAGAUUCAUGGAGCCGCUCGCGUCGAGGAUCCCGAUGAUGGUCAUCGAAGGGAACCACGAGAUCGAGCCGCAGGGGCACGGCGGCGCGGUGACCUUCGCCUCCUACUCGGCGCGAUUCGCCGUGCCGGCCGAGGAGUCGGGGUCCAACUCCAAGUUCUACUACUCCUUCGACGCCGGCGGUAUCCAUUUCAUCAUGCUCGGUGCCUACGUCGACUACAAUCGCACAGGAGCUCAGUACUCGUGGUUAAAAAAGGAUUUGCAGAGAGUUGACCGAGCAGUCACACCAUGGGUUGUCGCCUCUUGGCACUCGCCCUGGUAUAACAGCUAUUCCUCGCACUACCAGGAAUUCGAGUGCAUGAGGCAAGAAAUGGAAGGGCUAUUGUACCAACAUCGGGUUGACAUUGUCUUCUCUGGACAUGUACACGCCUACGAAAGGAUGAACCGGGUAUUCAACUACACGUUGGACCCCUGCGGGCCUGUUUACAUUAUCAUUGGAGACGGUGGUAACAUUGAGAAGAUUGACAUUGAUCACGCAGAUGACCCUGGAAAGUGUCCCUCGCCAGGUGACAACCAUCCUGAAUUUGGUGGACUAUGUCAUCUGAACUUCACUUCUGGUCCCGCCAAGGGGAAAUUCUGCUGGGAGCGACAGCCAGAAUGGAGUGCAUUCCGGGAAAGCAGUUUCGGCCAUGGGAUCUUAGAGGUCGUGAACUCAACAUAUGCCUUAUGGACAUGGCACCGUAACCAGGACACAUAUGGAGAAGACAGUGUGGGGGAUCAGAUAUAUAUAGUGCGGCAACCCGACAAGUGCCUAUUGCAGCCUACCAGUGUGAUUUCGCGAGAUUGGACAGUCCUUCGCCCGGAUGCCCUUCAUUGAGUAGCAGCUCAGGUGCUCAGCAAGCUGUUCAAAAUGGUGAGCUCCUUUGGGCUACAUGUAUGAUUUUGAUCAGUACAGUUUUGAAGGAACAUUUAUACUUCUAUUAGCCUUGAGUGUGCAAAGGCCAGGGAAGCAGCUGGCAGUAUGUGGAUAGUGUGCUGGUAGCUGACAGAUUAUUUUGUUUGUUGUAAUGGGGUUAUACAAGAAUACGAUACAAGGAAAAACAGAACCAAAUGCACAUCACAGGUGAGGUCAUGUUUUUUUCUCCUUCAUGUGUCCCAAAAAUCUAACCUGCAAUUUUUUGAGAGAAUGUUAA